AGAAGAUGUAUUUCAUUCUAACCGCCAAAAGUCUACUGUGGGUUACGUUGAGUGUGGUGUCCACCAUUACUUUAUUCACGGCCAUUUACUCGCCGAAAUGGCUCAUCGGACCUACUGAUUACAAUUGUCUAUCCAAAUCGCUAUCCGCUGAAUCAAACAAUACCGUGGACUCGCCGUACUACGAAGUGCGUUGCCGUCCGUCUGUCGGCAUUUACUACCGGUGUAAGAAAAUCAACGGCAACCAGCACUGCGGUUCGUUCGCCGUCGAAGGACUGGCCACGGAUUCGUCGAUGUUCCCGUUCGUGUGGAAGAUCGGCCUGGUGUUGAUGUCCGCUGGCGUUUUCAUCAGCUUUUUAAUGUCUGCCAUGGCCGUGGGUAGCUUUUGCAAACAAUCGAUAAGCAAGAAGAGCGUGUUCGGGAUUGCUGGUUCUGGGCAAGGACUCGCCGGUAAUAAUUAA